AUGGACGGCAUUGAUCUGACCAAGGCUGUCUUGAACAAAGGUAAACAGAUGGCCAGUGUUGCUGCUUCCACUGCCAAUGGCACGGGCGGCAAGAAGCGGAGAAAAGGUACCGACUUGAAGCCGAUCGUCACAAAUGAUGCAAAGUCGGGCGAGGCGGGCGAAGUCAUCACCACCUCAAGCGGCGCCGCACCUAAUUCCAAAGUCGCCGGUACAGCGGUAUCACGCUCUCCAUCCACCUCAUCGGCCGACGAGAUUGAGACCACCGCCGAGGAGGAAGACUCGGAGGAUUAUUGCAAGGGUGGCUAUCACCCGGUGGCAGUGGGCGAGACCUACAAUAACGGCCGCUAUGUUGUCGUGCGCAAGCUCGGAUGGGGUCACUUUUCAACUGUCUGGUUGUCGCGGGACACAACGACGGGCAAACAUGUGGCGCUGAAGGUGGUGCGCUCGGCGGCUCACUACACCGAGACCGCGAUCGAUGAGAUCAAGCUGUUGAAUCGGAUCGUCCAAGCCAAGCCCAACCACCCGGGUCGCAAGCAUGUGGUCAGUCUCUUGGACUCAUUUGAACACAAGGGUCCCAAUGGGGUCCAUGUGUGUAUGGUGUUCGAGGUGCUGGGUGAGAACUUGCUCGGUUUGAUCAAGCGAUGGAAUCAUCGAGGAAUCCCCAUGCCCCUCGUCAAGCAGAUCACCAAGCAGGUGCUGCUGGGCCUGGACUACCUGCACCGGGAGUGCGGUAUCAUCCAUACCGAUCUCAAGCCGGAGAAUGUGUUGAUUGAAAUUGGCGAUGUGGAGCAGAUCGUCAAAGCUCAUGUGCAGCAAGAGGAAGCUAAGAAGGAGCAGGAGAAGAAAGAAGAUAACCGGAAUGGACGCCGCCGCCGGCGCACAUUGAUCACGGGCAGCCAACCUUUGCCGAGUCCGUUGAACACGAGCUUUACAGGGUUCGACUUCAAGCACAGUUCUUCUAAUUCCCACAGCAGCCUGAGCCAAAUGGUGAACGAAUCAACGUCAAAUGAGUCCUCCAUGAAAGAGGCGCUCGGGAUCAAAGACGAGGACGAAAAGCAAAAGAUGCGAGAGAAGACAACCGACCUUCUGGAGAGAGAAGUUUCCGGCAUCUCCCUUGACAAAAGCUCAUCCAAGACUCUCGAAGAAGAGAUCGACGCCAGCAUCAUCUCUGUCAAAAUUGCAGACUUGGGCAAUGCCUGCUGGGUUGGUCAUCACUUCACCAACGAUAUCCAGACGCGUCAAUAUCGAUCACCAGAGGUGAUUCUGGGUGCCAAAUGGGGUGCCAGCACUGACGUCUGGAGUAUGGCAUGCAUGGUCUUUGAGCUUAUCACUGGCGAUUAUUUGUUCGACCCCCAAUCCGGUACAAAGUACGGCAAAGACGACGACCACAUUGCACAGAUCAUUGAGCUACUGGGGCCAUUCCCCAAGUCUCUCUGUCUCUCGGGUAAAUGGUCACAGGAGAUUUUCAAUCGCAAAGGAGAGCUGCGCAACAUCCAUCGCUUGCGCCACUGGGCUCUACCGGACGUUCUUCGUGAAAAAUACCACUACAGCGUCGAAGAGGCCAUGCGGAUCAGCGAGUUCCUGUUGCCCAUGCUUGACCUGUCUCCAGAGAAACGUGCGAACGCCGGGGGGAUGGCAUCACAUGAGUGGAUGCAAGACACGCCGGGCAUGAGUGGCGUCAGCCUGGGCAUCGCACCCGGCACGCGGGGCGAGGGCAUCGACGGCUGGGCAUUUGAGGUCAAGCGGCGCUAA